UGCAAAAGAGACGCCAUCAUAAAAUUGUUUGAUGUCAUUGAGUGUUGUGUUUAGUGAAAGCGUCAGAAUAAUUGACUGAAAAGUUGCGUUUUCAACAAUCGUUUGCGCUCCAUAAUGGAGUCGAUUAGCUCAGAUUUGGUGGUGAAUGCUAUUAAUUAUCAUGGCCAGCAGUUUGAGAAAAUCUGGGAAAGUGAACAUGGUGAACAGGAUGGUUCAAAGUUCAGGGAUGUUAACUACGAGGUGCACAACAGACGCAACAAGCAUCUAAGUUUCCAAGAUCGUGGAAAACGAUUGAAGCUUCAACAAUUCAUGGCGAGGAAAGCUGAUGUGCUCUACGCCAAGGAGAAUUUUGAGAAGACAGAAAUCCCACAGACUGCAGUUGUUUCCGAAGACAUGUAUGCCAUAAUACCCUCCCUCGAAACCUACAUAAAUGUGGAUAAGCAGAGCAGAUUGAAAUAUUUCCGGGAUAGUGUUAAAAUAGGACAUCUGAUUUUGGGCACAAUUGUGAGCAAAACACAGUCCGGAAUGAUGUUGAAAGUACUCUGCACUUCUGGAGUUGGAGAGCCAGUCCAUUAUGUAGCAGACAUUAAUGUGAAGGCUUUUUGUCCAGUGGCAAAUGUAAUCCCUGCUGUGGAUAGGAAAGGUGUCGGUAGGAAUUACAUGAUGAAUGACACUGUGUUGUGUGAAGUUCUUGAAGUAAUUGCUGAUACGGAUAAGAUUAUGUGUGGUAUGAAAGGCACCACAAAGCAACCAACAGAUCCAGAAAUUCGGCCGCCGUUAGGAUUAAUAAGUGCAGACGACUUGCCACUUGCAUACAAGAAAGCACUCGAACACAAAAAUGAAACCUAUGAUACUGUGCUCGAGCGGAGUGUUGGCUUCAACAAUCCCAACAAUAUUUCGCACUUGUCAACGCAAUUGGGCAUUGACAAGCAUUGUUCUAACAUUUCCAUGCUUAGGACAAAAUUCCCAGAAUCUGAAUACGCCAGCGAACUCAGGCAGCAGCAAGCAAGCAAGUGGGCAUACAGCAACGUUGCCGAUGGUAUUGAUCAUUUCAAAGCAGGUCGUCAUACUGAAGCUUUUCAAUGUUUGAAUAAAGCAUUGAACAUUGACCCGAAGAAUGUGGAAGGUUUAGUGGCUAGAGGUGCUCUUUAUGCGAAUAGUGGAAAUUUCCAUAAGGCAAUUGAAGAUUUCGAAACAGCUUUGAAGCUAAAUCCGAAUCAUGCCAAUGCUAGGAAGUACAUGGGCGAAACCCUUGUUGCGCUUGGACGUAGCUACGAGGAAGAAAACAAGUUCGAGGAAGCUAAAGGCGCUUAUCAAAGCUGCUUGGCCAUAAUACCAUUCCAUGAAGAAGCCCAGAACAGUUUGGAGUUCCUGAAGAACAAAGUCCAACCACCCAAGAACUUGAUUGAACCCACUGAGCUGCUGCUGCCAAAUUUGAGCGGUGCCGGGAAGUCUACUGAUGUUAAUGAUGCACUCAAACAUCUAUUGAAACCGGAAGACGAGGAGAAGAAGGACAAGAAGAAAAAGAAGAAAAGUAAGAAGCGAAAGAACCGCAGACGAUCGAGUUCCACGUCAAGCUCUAGUUCAUCCGGAAGCAAUGACAGUUCUAGUAGCUCAUCCUCGAGCAGUAGCGAUUCUAGCUCAAGCUCUGGAGAUUCGGACUUCAAAAAACGCAAGAAGCACCGGUCUCGUUCGCGUCGCGAGAAGCAAAGUUCUUUGUCGCCACUUAGCAAGCGGAUGGCUAUGAUGGAUCCAGUUCACGAGAGUUCGGCAACUUAUCAAUUUAAUAAGCCUGCCAGCAGUACCAGCAAUCUGGACUUUUCUUUGGAACGACCUAAAUCCAGCGGAGAUUCGUACGAGGCAAAGCUACGCGCUUUUCUUGAAACUGCCAAACAAGGGGAUACCGAUUACGAGGACAAGGUAAGAAAGUUUUUAGAGGAGAGUGAAAAAUGGAAGAAAGAUAAGAAAGAGGAUAAGAAGAAGAAAAAGAAGAAGGAUAAAAAAUCGAAAAAAGAAAGCAAGAAAAAACGCAAAGACAAGAAGAUGAAGAGAAAAUUGGAUGAAUACGAAUUGCGAGAUGCUUUGAAAAAAGAGUUGGGAAUCAAGGAUAGUAGCAGUAAAAGAAGCAGCAAGAAACAUGGACACUCUGAUGACGAUGACAGUUAUUUGCUACAGAAAGUCGGUUACAGUAGGAAAUUGCUUGAAAGUUUAACUGACUUUGAUGAUUUGGAAACAAAAUUGAAUGCCUAUUAUGCAUUAGGUAAAGAUAUCAAAAGGGGCGCUGCCGACAUGAGCGAUGUUAGUCCGAAAGGAUUACCACCUAUUUCACCUUCUAGGGAACCAAAAGCGAGGCCAAUUGAAACGGAUUUGGUAUCAUCUAUGGGAAAUAGCCAGAAAUGGAAAAUGCACAUUGCUGCUGCUCCUGUCAGCACCUCCAGAUUUAAGCGAAAAAAUGACCGCGAUGAUUGGCUGGAAGAUCCAAUGCUGAUGAUGCACGAGAAGAAUGGGGAUCACAUGAAGGAGUCGCCGAAGAAAGUCGUGCUGCCGAUACCCGAAAAAAACAUGUCUGUUCGCAAGGCCAUGGCGCAAAAAGAGGCUGGAGGUAAAAAGCAAGAGCCAGAGAUGUUGGGUAAGAAAAAAAUGCCAGUUCCACCAAAAUCCAACCCUAUACCACCAGGUCAAGUGGUGUUGGAUAAGUUCGGAAACUUCAGACUCGUGACGCCUCCCAAGAACUUGCCACCUAUGCCACCGGCCGUUCAGGCACCAAAAGACAGAUUUGAUGGACGUGGUAAACCACCAGAGCCACCAGGUCGUCCACGCACUGAAAGCAGGUCGCCCCGGCGAUCUCGUUCUCAUUCUCGUGGCCCUGGCAAGUACAGUCGGUCAAGCAGCGGGUCUCGUUCGAGAUCCAGAAGCUACCGCAGUCGUUCCAGGUCUUAUUACAGCAGAUCCAGGUCUCGUUCAGGCUCUUAUUAUUCUCGCAGUAGGUCGCGCUCCCGCUCAUAUUCGGGCGACAGGCGACGACGAAGAGGUGGCUUCCGAGGAGGUAGAUUCAAUGACAGAGGCACCUACUAUAAACCGAGAUUCCAAAAUCCAAGAAACAAUUACUCGAGAGGUGGCCGAGGCGGCGGCGGUGGCGGUAACGGUGCGAAUUACCACAAUAGAGACAGAUACGAUCGAGAUCAUCGUGGAGGUGGCGGUGGUAGAGGUGGCGGACGCUACUUCAACCGAGGACGUCGUCCUAGAGGAAGGUUCCAAAGGGGUGGCGGCUACAGGGAUUUCCGUGACCGCAGAUACGACAGGAGCCGGUCCAGGGAUAGGAGCAGAUCGUUCAGCGGUAGCAGAGAUAGGGAUUCACCAAUCGAUAGAGAUCCUAAGAAGGUGCAGCAAGAGGAGAAGGAUCAAAAGAUCAACAAGUAUCUACCGAACGAGGGCGAGCAAAUCAGACACGACGGUCCUUUGUCGGAAGGAGAAGAUAGGGAUGAUUACAGCAAUGAGAAGUAUGUGGAUAGAGAUGUCUAUGAUGGCAAAUGGGCGGAUAGAGAUGAGAGUGGCGGUGGUGAUAAUAACGCCAGUUCUAGGAAAGAGAUCCCCUCCGAAACUAACCUCGAAGAGAUGGAUAAAUUCCUGAGCAAGGCCAAAAAAGACAAGAAGGAGGAGAUGCUAGAGAGGAACAAAGAUAUCCUUAAGCCUAAAGUCUAAAGUAAGUUUUGCUGUUUAGAUUUUAACUCGUAUAUCUUCCCUUUGCGCAAAACAACAAUGUGUAUUAUUAUAAUUCUCCCCGACGUUUAAAUAAGAUUUCAGUUAUACAUACAUAUAAUAUUUCUUUUUAGAUAUAUAUAUAUAAAAAAAACUAUACAUACAUAAUAGGUAAAUGUUAAUAAUUGGAAGUAAUAUAUAUAAUGCUAUAUAUUAAUACUACAUGUAGCGUUCAAUUAGUAAUGUGUAAUGGUUUAUUAUAAAUAAAAGGCAGGCACGAUUUUA